CAGGCGUGGAUUUAUUAUAGAAUAUAUAAUAUAGAAAUAACAAUUCUAUAUUUUAUAUUAGGUACAGUGGAACUGAUGGAUAGAAAAGGAGAUUUAUGUAAAUACAAAUGGAGUUAUGAACCUUUGGGCCUAGCUGAGUGAUCUUUAUGUUGUCUGUUUAUGUCUGUAUGGGAAUUAGAAUAUUUUGCAUUAGUUACAGUUUUUCAUUUAGUUUCUGUUUAUUCAGCUUACAUAUAUAUGGGAUUAGAAUAAGUUUCUGAAUUUGAUCCCAUUCAGAAUUUAGUAUGACAGAUUGAUUUAUUACAUAAAAGCAAGACAAACUAAAUGAAUAAGAGGUAACACAGGGAUUUACUUUGUACUAGUUUUCUAUAUAUAACAUUGGUUUUGUGUCAUAGGCUUGUGAUCACCUGGAUUCUCAUUUGAGUCCCUAGUGAAAUUCAUGGAGUACCUUAAGUAAUUAAAUUUAUCUGUGAAAUCACUUUUUAAACAGAGGUGAAAGCAAACUUUUAAAUUCUUCAUAAAUAGUGGAGUAUGCUAUAUUUUAAUAAAACGUACUUUCAGUGGAGCCAAUGCUAGUGCUUGUUGCAAGGUUUUUUUUUUUAUUAGUAAGUUGUACCUUGACUUUACAUUCCCCAUUUGUUUACCUAGGUUGGGUCCCAAGGCCUGUGAAAUUAUUAGUUUUCCUAACUUUUUUUUUUUUUUUUUAUAGGCAGAGAGUAUGUUAUUCCAUCCUUGGCCCACAGAUUUAUGGCAGAGAUGGUGGAUUUCUUCAUUCUCUUCUUUAUAAAAGCAACUAUUGUCUUAAGCAUUAUGCACCUCAGUGGAAUAAAGGAUAUCUCUAAGUUUGCUAUGCAUUAUAUAAUAGAAGAAAUAGAUGAAGACACAUCAAUGGAAGACUUGCAGAAAAUGAUGGUUGUGGCUCUUAUAUACAGAUUACUAGUUUGUUUCUAUGAGAUAAUUUGCAUUUGGGGAGCAGGCGGAGCUACCCCAGGGAAGUUCCUGCUGGGGCUUCGAGUUGUGACAUGUGACACGUCAGUGCUUAUUGCACCAAGUCGGGUUUUAGUGAUUCCUUCCUCAAAUGUUAGCAUUACAACGUCCACUAUACGAGCAUUGAUCAAGAAUUUUUCUAUUGCUUCUUUUUUCCCUGCUUUCAUCACACUGCUGUUUUUUCAGCAUAAUCGAACAGCCUAUGACAUUGUAGCAGGAACCGUUGUGCUAAAAAGAAAUGGGGUCAGAUGAUGCCCCCAAAAGCCCUGAAUUCCAUACUUUCUGGAAUGAUGACAAGACUAAAUUAUGUAUCAAGGCCAUCAGUAUCCCUGGGUUACGUUAAUUGAUGAUUUAGAAAUUAAAGCAGUCACUCCAGUGUGAUACAGGUGACUAUUCUGAAAGUAUUGAUUUUACUUGAAUGCCAAAGAACUUUUCCAGAAGAAAAACCUGUUUGAAUUCAAGUGUUAAAAUUUUAGAUCAAAAAGAAGUCAAGUGGUUUCAUAAUCAACAAUGGACAAAAUAUACUAAGAUCUAAGGCAUUAGAAUUUGCUGAAAGCAUUUUCAGCUUUGAAAUCUCUAAAUGAAACUUUAAGAAUUUAUUUUGGUUUAUCCCAAAAUGAUGGAAAAUGUCCAGUUGUGUUUUAUAAACACAUUCAUCUUUUAGUUAACACUUCUUGGGGAAAUUGUUGUCUUCGCUUUUUGGGGAGAAUGGGGACACAAAUUUGAUAAUCCACUCAUCUCCCAUCCCAGGAGGUGGUGAGUUCGCUGCAAGAGAAAGAGGCAAGUGAGGCAGGCCUAGCAGAUCCCUUACCUAAAGUUUUAAAAUCUGCACUGCAGUUUACUGUGGGAAUGAUGUAACUUUACAACUAUUGUUAAUGCUUCAACAUGUAUUUUGGGGCAGAGUUUUGCAUGAUGAUGAAAAAGUAUUGUCAUUGCUAUAUUAACUUUUUUUUAAAAGAGAAGCUAAGUUAAUGAUUGCUUUCAAUGGGGAGGGGGGUAAUUUUUCAUUGUAAAUUUAACUUAAAAUUCAUGUGCAAGUAUUUUCAGUGCUCCAAAUCAAACUAUAAAUAUGGGGGAGGGGAAUUACUUCCAUCAAAUUGUUGCAUAUUUACUGUAAAACAAUAUUCCCAGUAUGUGUGCAGCAUGAAGUAUUAGUGCUUUUCAGUGUUCUGAAUAUAACUUCUCUCUACACACAGGAUAUCUACACACUAGUUUCCUUUUAAAUUUGAUAUAGUUCCAUAACUUUUGAACGUCAAGUUAAAUAAUCUGAGUAUUUCAUGAAUACUGGUAACCUGUGAAAUAUUAGCAAUUUCCCUAUAUGGACUGUUCUAAAACAAGGAAGAAUAGCAUUUCCAGACAUAAUUCUAAGUUCUUUGGUUGUGUGAGCCAAAAGCUUGUGUUUUGGGCCUGCCAUGGAUGAUGUUUUGAAGGAAAAGUUAAGCUAAGUAACACUGUGUAUUGCUAUUUUAAUUUAUUUUCCUAUUGAAGCAAAGUUGUUUCAAGUGUGUGGUUGCUUUUGUUAGAUGAUCCAGUUAGCUGUGUUGAGAUAUACCUGAACUAAAAGUUUUGUUUCUUAGACAUUUCUCCAACUCUGAUAAUCUUCAAAAAACAAAACACUAAACUGUGUUGGACAAGUUCAUAAAUAGAUUGCUUAAAGGGUCAUUCUACGCUUUACUUUUGGUGUUAAGUUUAUUAGCAAAUGGAAGACACGUCUAUCACUGUAUCAAUUUUUAAAGUGGUUUUUUUUUUUAUAUUUAAAACUGAAAAUAUUCACAUUUAAUGGUUAUAGAAACCUUAACAGUAUCCUUAAUACCCUUUGUAAAACUGCAUAAACCAUGUUUUUCAAAAUAAGUUAUAUUAAAUACAUCAUCACAGAUAGCCUGUCAGUUAAGUGUAUCAUAGUAUUAAACAGUUCAUUCACUUGUAACCUCUGGGAAGUUGUGAUGGCCCUUCACAAUAAAAAGUAAUAAAACUAAAAUUUUAUUAGACUAGAAAUUAGGAAAUGUUACAUAAACUUACCACUGUGUGUGUGUACACACACACACACACACACACACAUUUUUGGCACUGAUUGAAAUUCAAGUUGAAAUGCCCUUCAGUCAUGUAAUUCUGGAAUUUACCUUUAAUGUAUCAUUUCCUCUCAGGUAUUGGAUGGUUUACCACCUAGGCUAUUUUUAUUUAUAUAGUAAAACAGAGCAAACAAGUAGUCUGGUUUGUUAUACUUAAAACAUUGUACAUAUGUGUAGAUUCAUUUAGAUCCAUCUCAGGAUUCAAGUUAUACUAUAUAUAGUAUUAUUUUGUCUGCUUUUAUAACAAAAAAAAUCCAACUCUAUGUAUGAAUUCAGCUCUAAGGAAAAGAUUUUGAUUCCCAAAUAAUUGAAAAAGUGACAAAACAACGGGGAGGAUGGAGGAGCCAUUUUUUCUCUUGGAGUGGUGAAGAGUGGAGAAUCCCUCUUUUCAGUACUUUCUAUUUUAGUAUAUGUCUUAUAGAAAUGCUGAUUUUUCUGUGUCAAAGUAUAAUUCUCAUGCUGAAGCUCUAGCCUAAAGGCAGAAAGUUAUCUUUAUAGUACAAACAUUAUUCAUCACUUUUGUAACAUAAACAAAUAAUGAAACAAAAAUUAGGAGUUGAGCUGAGCGAGAACACACUUUCUAUGAAUGUCCCCUAAAAACCACAGGCCUCUAGGAAAUCUCAGUACUCAUUACCAAACGUAACUUGAGUGUCUAGUUCAUCUUGGGAAAGUCUGACACUUAUAUUUACCCUGGGCCUAGAGUAGGUAUGUGUGAGUGAUGGCAAGCCUUGUUUUUAGACUAAUCUGUGACCACAGAAAUAAAGUCAACACUUCUUAAAGUAAGCCUUUAAAAUAUUGCCCAACUGAUACUUGAGUAGGACUGGUUCAGAAGUUUCUUCUUUCUACCUAAACAUUUACCUUCCAGUUUUACCCAAAUAUGUAGGAUUGGGGGGGGGGGGGGGGGGGGGGAUGUAUUAUAUUAGAGGGCCACUUUGUCUGAAUUAUAAAAAUGCAUCUUCAGUGUUUUUUGUUUCAAAUGGUAGUAAAAUAUUUUAACUCUAAAAAAAAGAUGUUCCCUUAUGUUUCACUAAUGCAUAAAUAUUUCCAGCAAAAAGAAGGUAGGAGUUGGAAAUUAAUUUGUUACUUGGGAAUAAAGGGCUUUUUGAGAGGAAUGGGGGCAUUAAAUAUUUUCAUUCUGCAUCUAUCCCAGGCUCUUGUUUCUUUUGAAGAAUAUUCAUAAAUAACAGUAUUCCUAAAAACUGACAAGUAUCAUUUCAAUUACUUGCCAUUCCCCACCUCCCAUACCAAAGUUUGAAAUUUUUUCAUGUACUAGUACUUGACUGGGUGAAGUUUGUCAUUUCAAACUGUAUAUAUCCUUACAGCCAUUAUAGUAGGGCUUGACCCACAAAUAAUACCUGAUGGCCUGGCCUAUAAAUAAAUACAGCAUUCUAUUUUUAAUAAUUUGUAUGCCACCAAUUUGUAUUCUUUGUCUCAAUAAAUACUUGGUCACCAAUG